AGUGAAGCUUCAUCUGCUGCUCCCCAUCGCUCAUGUUACCGCCUGAACAUCCCACCCCCCUUUCCAUGGAAAAAUUGUCUUUCACAAAACCGGUCCCUGGUGCCAAAAAGGUUGGGGACUGCUGUCAUAAACAACAUUGAAAGCAAUUAAAAAAAAAAAAAAAAAGUAAAAACCUUGGGAACAAGAGUUAUCUUAACACCUUGCUGACAAGCUGCUAACAUAAUGACUCCAUAAAUCAAGAACAGUACAGUCCCCUGUCCACCCUGCCCCUCAGUAUUAAGCAUAGCUAUGAGCAGCAGAAGGCAGUGACUUUAGGAGGGGCUAUUUUUGCCUGGUAUGAUGGAGUCUAGAAAGGAUGAGCAGCCCCGGUGGCUCCGUGAUGUCACCAGUGACCGGGCUGUGCGCUGGAACCACUCUCCCAUUUCCGGUGGCCCGGCUUCCUGUCCAGGUGACUCCCAGAGCCUGUGGCAUCUCAGCCUUGUUACCGGCAGGAGGAUCCAUCAACAGGGGAAGGUGAGGUAUGGGAUUCCUUUUUACUUACAGUACCUCGCCCACUGGCCAGAGUAUUUCAUCGUUGCAGAGGCCCCUGGUGGAGAGUUGAUGGGUUAUAUCAUGGGUAAAGCAGAAGGCUCGGUGGCAAGGGAAGAAUGGCAUGGGCACGUCACAGCUCUGUCUGUUGCCCCGGAAUUUCGACGCCUUGGUUUGGCUGCUAAACUUAUGGAGUUAUUAGAGGAGAUUUCAGAAAGAAAGGGUGGAUUUUUUGUUGAUCUCUUUGUAAGAGUGUCUAACCAAGUUGCAGUAAACAUGUACAAGCAGCUGGGCUACAGCGUGUAUAGGACGGUCAUAGAGUACUACUCGGCCAGCAACGGGGAACCUGACGAGGAUGCUUAUGAUAUGAGGAAAGCACUUUCCAGGGAUACUGAGAAGAAAUCCAUCAUCCCAUUACCUCAUCCUGUGAGGCCAGAAGACAUUGAAUAACCCUGAGCAGUGGUUCUUAGGCUGAUGAUGCUCCAGAUAGUUUAUGGACAUUGUUACUUUCAUUGGAUGAUCUUGGAGCUCUAUUAGGAGAAAAGGGAAUUGUUUAGAUCAUAAAGACUUCAAGAAAGCACAGGUUAUAAACAUAUUUUAAGUCUCUUUUCCUGUUAGCAAUAUCAUACCUUCUGAAGCUGUUCACUGUAAUAAAAUUCAACCAAAAAAGGCAGCUAGGUCAGAAGGAAACAUUCCACUAUCAUGCUUCAUAGUAUAAUAUUCAUGAUAUGCUAGGGGAAAAGCUUGUUCUAAUCUCCUCCUAAAUUCUGUGCCUGAGAACCACUGCUGCAUAUAUAUUUUUUAUUUUGUACUGAAUUGUUAAUUGAAGCUUUAAAAGCAUAUAUGAAAUGUAUAAAUCUAAGAUAUAUAAUGCACUGUUGACUCUAUGAAUGUUUUCUGGAAAUUUGUUGGUCAUUUAUAAACCUAAAGUUCUCCCAGGAUUGAGAA